AUGUCGCUCAAAUCUGGAGCACGCAAUCGUUCACAGCCCACCUCGUCGCCCUCAUACAAUGAUGACACAGAAGCCGCAUCGCAGCAGCUUCUCACCGAGACUAGUCCUUUGAUACGUCAACGCGCCGCGAUCCGCGCCAGCCAACUCAAUCUUGCCCGCAUCGACGCCCUUCCCAAGCCGCCUGCGAUGGCGCCCUCAACACCCGUAGAUAAUGCAGGAAAGCUGGCAAAACCGGGCAAACUCAAGCGAAUCAGUUUUCCUGAUGAGCCUCAGAGAAAGCCUCGAGGCGCGAAGGUGUACGACAUUGAACCUAGUCCACAGAAGAGAACAACCUUGCCAGUGCAGGUUGCAGCCCCCGAAGAGGAAGGGCAAGACGAGGUGGAUCCUGCUGACCAGGUCGAGGACAUGGUGCCAGAGACCAGCCAAGCGGACCCAGAAGCUGAACAAACUGAUGGAAGUGUAGAGAGUGCGGAUUUGCCAGCCCAGGACAGCAGCGUAGCACUGAAGCGCAUAGCCGAAACACUACCAACGUCACCAGUAGCAUCGUCAAGGAAGGACUCGUCGUUGACCGCUCGUCUGCUCAAGCGCAGGAGUGCAGAUAACCCAACUUCUGCUCGCCCUUCUGAUACUGGCCCCGCUGAAGUGCAAAAUGCGGACGAGCAUUUCUCUACAAACAGUAUCACGGAAAACAUCAACGUGCCUGUGAACAAGAAGCAAAGACUUUUGCGAGGCCCAAAGUUCUUGGACCCAGAUGCCGAUGCUCUAGUGGACAGUCUGGGAGUUUCCAUCGUCACAACCCAGUACGAGACGCGACCACGUGGCAAUCCCCAACCGAAGGUGCAGAUACCGAUCAGGUCUACCAAGAGGCGUUCGUCACAAGCCGAAGCCAAGGAUACCACGGAAGUGUUCGCAAAUCCCGCUGUUGCUGCUGCUGCUUCUAGACCACAGGAGGAGCCGUCACGGCCUUCACGAGUCGCAGGAACGCGAGCUAAGUCCAAGGCGAGCAAGGAGAAAGCGCUCCCAGAUAACAACACGGUCGAGCCUGAAGAAGCGGAUAAGGAUGACGGAGAACACCCACAAACUACAGCAGGGCAGCCGAAGGGUAACUCAGAGGCUGACGGCGAGUUGGCUGAAGCUGAUCCGGAGAAUAGCGUUCCGGAAGAUGACAUAAGGCAUUCAAACCAGGAUAUAAAGCUUGACGCCGAAGAUUCGGCCGCUCUGUCAGCAACCAACGUUCAGUCCCACCAAUCUUCCGCACUGGAAGAAGUGUUCCAGUACACAGAAUCCGAGAAACGUCCCGACACGUAUUUAACCAAGCUUGGUAAAAAGAUCCAUCGCACGUGCGAGGUGUCGCUCGUCGCACUUGGCCAGUCCGGUGAGGGUUCGUCUCUGGAUCACGCUGCCAAGUGUUUAGAUGACAUCACCGACUUGCUUCGAAGUAUCGAUACAACAGUUAGGGAAGAGAGAAGAGUGAGUUUUAAAGUUGACGCGUUCGCCCAUCUCUUUCGAGAUUUGGCCUUGGUCUUCAAAGCAACUUAUGUCAAGUUGCAAGAGAUUGAAGGCGAUAUCACUAAGUCGUUGGGCGCUAUGCAAAUUCUAUGUUCCUAUGUAUAUGAGAUGCUCAGGUUAAAAGAUGGUAUUGAUUCCUGGAAAGUUUCAGUUCCACAGCGUGAACGCGGCGACAGACUCAUCAAGAAUGUUGCAAGUCAUCUGAUCACUCCACUGAGAGCUGUUGAUCAGGAGUUCCGAUUUUGGCUUCUACAGCUUGAGGGGGCAGAACGAAGACGCCAGGCCCACCUUCAUCUCCAACAAAAGCAUGAGGAGCUGGAGCUGGAGCUGGUGAGAAAGGAAGAGGAGCUGAGUGCCAGGAAGGAAAGGAGGAAACGCUGGCAAAAUCUUCACAUUGUCCGAAUGCAGUGCGAGCCCGACCCUGCGCGAAGGCGAAAGCUUAGGUUUUUCGAGCCUGUUGAGGUUGUGGAAACCGAUGCGAAUGGGGUUGAGUUUGAGCGCGUACCGUUCUUCGGGGAGCGCAGUAUGCCACCACCACAUUGGGUCGCUGCGCCUAGCAGCAGAGAUUGGACGGAGGAGCAGGAGAAAGUGUUGCUUGAUGCUCUGCAAUCAACUGCUGUUCUGGAAGAUAUUUUCAAGACACACUGCCGGCCCGGCGGCGCUCUGCGUGCCUUCUCGGUCUCAGACUUUACUGUUAAAUUGGACUGGAUCCGUUCUGGAUGGUCGCGACUGUCGCAGCAGCAUGGUUGGGAGAUUCCAGAAUGGGUAAAAAACAUCCCCGUACUACCUUAG